AUGACUUAAUUAAAUCAAAAUGAAGCUAGCACUGUGACAAUGCUUAGCUCAUUCUCAAAAUAACUUGAGAUUCUAGCAGUCAAUUGGUAUGUUAAGCAGCUAUACACCAAGGAAGACUACUUGUUCAAGGUGAUAUUUGACAAAGCCCAUCGUCCAGAAUUAUAUAAGCAAACAGUAGAUCCAAGGAUUGAAACUAAAGUUACAAAAUAAGAUCUACUAGACUUUAAUGAUAUUUCUAAUAAUGAUACUAAUAACUUUUUGAGUUAGAAUUAUAGCAGUUAAAUAUUUAAAAUGACAUUUGAUGAACUAGCAUUAGUAGAAACCAGAGGUUAAAAUAGAAUGGGACUGCUGUAUAAAUAUCCUCUAGUUUUUUCAUUGAUUGGAUUAUUGAUAUUUAAAAGAAGAGUUUAAACAAGAUAAAAAAAUUACUUCUUGAGAGAUAUGUAUUUGAAGGUUGAUAAUGAGGCAGUAUUUACCUCAAAUAAUCUAAACUAGAUGCUGCUAUUUAUUGAAGUUUCAAACUUAGUUUCAUUUUCUAUGGGAGCUUGCUUAUCUGGAGUAUUUUAUUUCAAUGCACUAUGGAAAAGAUAUUUUACUCUAUAGAAAAAUGAGGAGGAAUUAGCAUAGAAAUAUUUGAGAUAAAUUCAGUGUUAUCAUCGUAUAUUUAAAUCAUGA